AUGGAACUCUUCCGCCUUGGGAACAAAGUUCCACCGGACAUCGCUGAGGCCCUUAGAACCAAGAUAUAUGAGGAGCUUUGCAUCACAGAACCAAGGAGUAGAGAGAGAUUCGUUGGAUGCCAUCCAGUCACCCUAACUCUCGACAACAUCGGCUUGCUUCUGAACAACGACUUUCUUGUAUGCGAGAAGUCUGAUGGAGUUAGAGCUUUAUUGCUGGUCACCGAGGAAAUGGGUGCAUUCAGGGGAUACUUCUAUGAUAGGAGGAAUGACUUCUAUGAGCUGCACACAAGCUUUCCAUUCUGUUCGACAGUUCUAGUUGAUGGAGAAGUUCUUCUGGAAGAUGGGACUGUUGCCACAUAUGCGAUAUUCGACUGUCUGAUAUACGAGGGUGUUCCUCAGAUAGCCAAGAAUCUGUAUAAGAGGCUUGGAUAUGCGCAGAUGUUUGUAGAAAGGAUGGAGAAGAGCAUGGAAAGAACCAAAACCUUGCAAAAGGAGGAUGAAGACGGCAGGGAGCGCAAGAGGGUCUCCAUUGAGAUUGAUUCCGGGGAAUCCAGUCGCAUACAUUUCUAUGUUAAGCAGAUGCUGAAGAGCUAUGGAUUCUGGGAGAUAUACAAGAAGAUCCCCGAGCUGAAGCAUGGAAACGACGGACUGAUAUUUACCCCUGCCGACGAGCCGUAUUCCGUGGGCAAGAGAGGGGCAAUCCUCAAGUGGAAGCCUGCAUCCCUGAACACCAUAGACUUUAGGGCUGUGAAGCACAAGAAGUGGAGCCGUGUGUACAACCUGGUCUGCAGCGGAAAAAGAGGAAAGGAUGUUGUAUUUGAUUGCUUUUUCUGCUCCGGGGAGGAGAUAGAUGGGAAGAUAUGCGAGUUCCUCUAUGACUGCGAUGGAUACUACUGGGACCUCGAUGAGCUCGUGCUGAAGAAGGGCGGGUGGAAACUGUACAAGAUAAGGACUGAUAAGGACACUCCAAAUAACAUAAGAGUCGUCUGCAACAUAUUGGAAAGUCUCAGAGACAACCUGACCAUCGAGAAGCUUUCCACGUUCUAUAGCGUAAUGCGGGAAAACAGUAAGAGGAGAGAGAAGAUGAGAAGAUAG